AUGCGCACCAGCGCACAUAUAUGUACUUUCUGGCCAACUGGCUCUGUAUGUCGAUACCUCAGCCUUCACUACGGCGAGACCGGUAUGUACUGGUUUCUCUCGGAGAUUGCCCUGUGCGGAAUCUGUUCAAGCAUGCAGGGUGGUGAAAGCGGACACGGCGCCGGCGAUGUCGCCUGGAACGAGCACGUGCUGGACGCGCCGAAGCUGGUCGAGGAGGCCACACUACAGCUGCUGGCCUGGCACGCUAACCUCGUACUCUGCAACGGACCCGAUUCCAAUGUCUGCGUGCGCCCCUCGUGCUGA